GGGGCGCUAGAGGGUCAGAAAGGACCCGCCCUUCCCAGACUGGCCCUGCGGGGCGAAGGUUGUCCUCAAGACCACGUGAGGCUUCCUCGCCCCUAAAAAGCCCCAAACAGGCCGGGCUUAUGAGAGAGGAAAGUUAAGAAAGACGCCCGAACCUCCGCGUCCGGGCGCCCCGCUGCCGGCCCCAGAACCGCUCUGCCAGCAGCUGCCUGGUCCUGCCGAGCGGAGCGGAGCGGAGAUCGCGGGCCGCCGAGCAAUGUCCCGCCACAGCCUGGAUGAGCGCCUCGGGCUGCCCCCGCCGCCGGCCCGGCUACCGCUGCUCCUGCUGCUUCUGGCCGCCGCGGUGCCUCAGAGCCAGGCAGGGGUCUACUAUGCAACUGCGUACUGGAUGCCUACCGAGAAGAGAAUACAAGUCAAAAAUGUCCUGGACAGGAAUGGGGAUGCCUAUGGCUUUUACAACAACUCUGUGAAAACCACAGGCUGGGGCAUCCUGGAGAUCAAAGCAGGGUAUGGUUCUCGAUCCCUGAGCAACGAGAUCAUCAUGUUUGCCGCCGGCUUUUUGGAGGGUUACCUCACUGCCCCGCACAUAGAUGACCACUUCACAAACCUCUACCCACAGCUGAUCAAGAAACGCUCCAUGUUGAAUAAAGUGCAGGACUUUUUAAUGAAGCAAGAUCAAUGGACCCGGGAGAACAUCAAAUAUUACAAGGAUGACCCAUUUUGGAAACACGCAGGCUAUGUUAUGGCACAAAUGGAUGGGCUGUAUUCAGGGGCAACAAAGAGAGCUAUAUUAGAAGGAACAAAGCCCAUCACCCUGUUCCAGAUUCAGUUCCUGAAUGCUAUUGGAGACCUGCUGGAUCUGAUUCCCUCACUUUCUCCCACAAAAAACUCCAGCCUGAAGUUUUUUAAGAGAUGGGACAUGGGACAUUGCUCUGCCCUUAUUAAGGUUCUUCCUGGAUUUGAGAACAUCUUUUUUGCUCACUCAAGCUGGUACACAUAUGCAGCCAUGCUCAGGAUAUAUAAACACUGGGACUUCAACAUCGUUGAUAAAGACACCAGCAGCAGUCGCCUCUCUUUCAGCAGUUACCCAGGGUUUUUGGAGUCUCUGGAUGACUUUUACCUUCUCAGCAGUGGGUUGGUAUUGCUGCAGACCACAAACAGCGUGUAUAAUAAAACCUUGCUGCAGCACGUGGUACCCCAGUCUCUCCUGGCCUGGCAAAGAGUCCGGGUGGCCAAUAUGAUGGCUAACAAUGGCAAGCAGUGGGCAGACGUCUUUUCAAAAUACAACUCUGGCACAUAUAACAAUCAGUACAUGGUCCUGGACCUGAAGAAGGUAAAUCUGAACCACAGCCUUGACGAAGGCACUCUGUACAUUGUGGAGCAGAUUCCUACAUAUGUAGAAUAUUCUGAACAAACUGCUGUUCUGCGGAGAGGAUAUUGGCCCUCCUACAACAUUCCUUUCCAUGAAAAAGUUUACAACUGGAGUGGCUAUCCAAUACUGGUCAAGAACCUGGGUCUGGACUACUCUUACGAUCUGGCUCCUCGAGCUAAAAUCUUCCGGCGUGACCAAGGAAAAGUGACUGAUGUGGAAUCCAUGAAAUAUAUCAUGCGAUACAACAAUUACAAGGAGGACCCUUAUAGCAGGGGUGAUCCCUGCAACACCAUCUGUUGCCGUGAGGACCUAAACUCACACAAUCCGAGUCCUGGAGGUUGCUAUGACACCAAGGUGGCAGACAUCUACCUGGCAUCCAAGUACAAAGCCUAUGCCAUCAGUGGGCCCACUGUACAAGGUGGCCUCCCUGUUUUUCACUGGAGUCGUUUCAACAAAACUCUCCAUGAGGGCAUGCCAGAGGCCUACAACUUUGAUUUUAUUACCAUGAAACCUAUUUUGUAACUUGACAUAAAAUGGAGGGAGAUAAGGGAAUAGAAGGCUGCAAGUAAGAUACCAAAGGCACUACUUUAGCUGUGUUUUUCCAUUCAGAAUUAGUUUUAAUGAAAUAUAUUCAAUUCAGUCUAUCACUUUCA